AUGUUUUAUCUGAAGAAUAUUGCUCGACAUCUUACUGAGCUAAAUCUAUUUCGUACAUUGCACAGCAAUGAAGAUACACUUUAUGAUGAACGUCUUUCAACACGUUUAUAUUUAAUAUUACUUAAUAUAGGUAUAGUUACAAUAUUUCUUUAUAUGAUCUUAGCUAAACAAAUGAUUAUGUUCACAAUAAAUUGGCCUUCAAUAUUCGAUUAUGAAAAAUUAAUUAUUACAGAUGCUGAUAAUACAAUUGAUUGUCCUUGUUCAUAUAUUGCUAUUGAAUAUCGAUCGUUUGUAACAACAGAAGCUUCAUUUCAUCAGAUAUGUUCGAGUGAUUUCGUAUCAGAAUCAUGGAUCAAACAAAUGUAUCCUACAAAUCUUUCAUACAUAUAUCCAACGGAUAUACGACGAUCAUUAAGUGCAAAUGCUCAAUUACUUCAUUCAUUUUGUUCACUUUCACAAGUGAUUGUCUAUGAUAGUAUGGUAAAAUUUGGUUCAUCUUCACUUAUUGCUGCUCGUUUAAUGUCUUAA